GAAUCCGACCCGGAUUUUGGUAUAAACGUGUAUGAGUCGGAUCUAUUCUUGAGACACUUGUCCAUGAUUCGCCAUGAAGACUCCAGACAGCCUCUGUUUUCAUCCAUCUCAAAUUCCCAAAAACAAGAAGAAGACGCCGAAUUAAGAGAAUUGGUUUCUUGGUUUUACGAUUUAGGUCUCAAAUUCAAAUGGGUCGGAGGCAAACCGACUCAGAACUGGGCCGUUGUGCGCUUCUGGCCCUCCUCUUCCUGGGUGCAACCUCCUGUUGCGUGGUCUACACUUUACUCUCUGCAGGCCUCAGACGCACUCCCAUUUCUUCUGUUUUAGACUCCAUUGAGAGUGGUGAUGUUUUGGGGAGAGAAGAGGCGCAGUGCUGCAGAGGGAUUGAGCAUUUGGAGCUCUGGGGUGAUGCUGUGAAAUGGGGUGCUGAUUUCAAGGUCAAUUCUUCAGAGGAAUGUUGUAGGGCUUGCAAGGCAAUGUGCAGUGGCGUGGAUGGGCCGUGUUUGUGUGAUUCUUGGGUGUUUUGCGGGAAUAGAGAGGCUUGUGGGGCCAAGUUUGGUGAGUGUUGGCUGAAGAAACAGAAGUAUUCCUUCUACCCUGAUCGGCGGGACUCGGGAGAGCAUGUUAUGUGGACUUCUGGGCUUAUCUUUGGGAAAGGAGAGGGUAUUGUUGGUUUGCAAACAGAAUAUGGAGUUCUUCAUAUAGAACUCUUCCCAGAUUGUGCCCCUCAUUCUGUUGCCUACAUUCUUGAGUUGCUGCGAUUGCGUCAUUGUGUGGGUUGCCAACUUUAUCGCGCAGAAAGCCGGGGGACCUCCUGGGAUUCACAGGGAAAUCACAUAAAAAGUGCUCCAUUUGGCCCUCCUUUUGCGCUGAUUCAAGGAACACUUGCAGCGCAUGGGACUAUGUUUAAAGAAAUCCCAACAGAAGAAUGCCCCCAGAUAAGAAGAGGAUCAGUUGCAUGGGUUGGUUCAGGCCCUGAAUUCUUCAUCAGCCUAGCAAACCACAAUGAGUGGAGUCAAACAUACACUGUGUUUGGUUCUCUUCUUCCAGAAGAUCUGGAAAUCGCUGAGAAAAUCGCACAGCUUCCCACCAAACUGGAGGUAUGGAGUAACAUUGAUGUCUCUGUACUGGAUGAACCAAUUCGUCUGCGCUUCAUCCGAGUCCCAUUCCCUCACAAACAGAACACAGAGUCUAGUCAAUCUUAGUUUACAGUCACUUUCUCAUCAAUCUCUUUUGUAAUUCAAACUUUUUAACAUUAAUUCAUCUUUUUCAAGUCGUUUGUUGAUCAUAUUGAGUCAAUAUGAAUGGUUUUUAAAUAAAGAAGGCAUAAGUGAAAAAUAUAGAAUGAAUAUGAAGUCAGGUUCAAAA